GCGAGAAAAGCAGGCAAUGGCUGCUGGGUUCGGGUCGCUGCUGCGCGAAUGUCCGCUUCUCCUGCCCCAGAACCGGGAAAAGACUGUUUACGAGGGGUUUGUCACCGCCCAGGGCACAGACUUUCAUAUAAGGAUAUUGUUGCCAGUGGAUCUUCAGUUGAAAAAUGCAAGGAUACAGUGUAGCUGGCAGCUGAAAAGGGUGUUGGGUGGAUACCAGCAGAUUCUAAAACAGAGAUUGCAGCACUCUUUGGAUCUGGUCAGUUUUAUGGUGGAGCUGAAGACUAUUUUGGAACUUGCCUUGAAGAACACCCGGGAGUUGCAAUCACCAGCUCUGCCACCACAACAACAUUAUUCUGGUCUUAUCAGUGAUAUAGAAACUUUGGGUUGGAAUAAGGUUGUGUUUGUAGAUCCUAGUUUUACUACCAUCAAGUUGAAAGCAGAAGAUUCUUGUGGUCGGCAUCAUCAGAUCACCUUGAAGUUAAAUCCAAAGUAUCCCGCAGAACCACCAGAUUGCCUUGUGGACUUGCCAGUUCAGUUCACUGUUACAGUUGAUACCCAGAGCUCCUUAUUAAGCAUUCACCGUCAGUUUUUGGCAGCGUUGGAAUCAUUGAAGGCAUUUUGGAAUGCUCUAGAUGAAAUUGAUGGGAAGACCUGGGUCCUUGAGCCAGAAAAACCCACAAGAAGCGCCACAAUGCGAAGAAUUGCCAUCGGAAACAACGUUUCAAUUAAUGUAGAGAUGGAUCCCAGACACCCCACCAUGCCUCCUGAAUGCUUCUUUCUUGGACCAGAUCACGUUGUAAAUCCUUUGAAAAUGAAGCUGAACAGCAACAUACAUAUGUGGGAUCCAGAAGUCAGUCUGUUACAAAAUUUGAAAGAAGUUUUAGAAGUGGAUUUUCCAUCCCAAGAAGCUCUAGAUAAAUCUGAUUUCUCUAUGGACUGUGGGAUCUGCUAUGCUUACCGACUUGAUGGGACUAUUCCAGACCAAGUCUGUGACGAUUCACGCUGUGGCCAGCCUUUCCAUCAAGCUUGUUUGUAUGAGUGGUUGCGAGGACUCCCUUCUAGUCGACAAAGCUUUAAUGUCAUAUUUGGUGAAUGUCCAUAUUGCAACAAGCAAAUCACCCUGAAAAUGUCUGAAGAAAGCUUGAAGUGGAGGUUCAGACAACCGGUAACUGCCUAGCCCAGAACUCUUGAAA